GAAUCAGCUGCUGAACUUGUUCCUGGUUCAACAUGAAGACAAAGUUAGUUCUUCACAAAAAAGGGUUCGGUGGGAACGAUGAUGAGUUGGUUGUCAACCCUAAAGUUUUUCAUCAGGUCAAUUUGGGCGAUGUAAUAGAAAUUGCACACCCUACAGAUGAAUACAGCCCUCUCCUGCUUCAAGUGAAAAGUUUAAAAGAAGAUUUUCAGAAAGAGACGAUCAGUGUGGACCAGACUGUAGCACAAGCCUUUAAGCUCCGUGCAUACCAGGAUGUGAUUGUUAACAUCGUUGACCCAAAGGACGUAACGCUCGACCUUGUGGAGCUAACUUUUAAAGACCAGUACAUUGGCAGAGGUGACAUGUGGAGGUUAAAGAAGAGUCUGGUGAGCACGUGUGCUUAUGUGACCCAGAAGGUGGAAUUUGCUGGAAUCAGGUGGUGUUCAGAUCAACAUCUGCAAUGGUGUACAUCUUCAUCCAGAUGAGUUGUGAAAUGUGGGACUUUGAUAUAUAUGGUGAUCUCUACUUUGAAAAGGCUGUAAAUGGUUUCCUGUCUGACCUUUUCGCCAAAUGGAAGGAGAAGAACUGCAGUCAUGAGGUGACGGUUGUGCUGUUUUCUCGCACAUUCUACAACGCUAAAAGUUUAGAGGAGUUUCCAGAGAUUCUAAGAGGGUCCAUUAAACAGAAUCAUGAAGACCGCUUUUAUGAAGACUUCUACAGGGUCGUGGCACAGAAUGAGAGACGGGAUGAGUGGACGCCGUUACUGGUCACCAUUAAGAAACUCUUCAUCCAGUACCCUGUCCUGGUACGGUUAAAAGAAGCAGAUGGUUUUCCUGUGGGUUUUAACUCCACUGCUGUCCAAGGAAACUACCUGGAAGCCAUUAAUCUUUCAUUUAAUGUUUUUGACAAGCACUACAUCAACCGAAACUUUGACCGCACCGGCCAGAUGUCAGUGGUCAUCACGCCUGGAGUAGGAGUGUUUGAAGUCGACCGCCUGCUUAUGAUUCUCACCAAACAGCGUAUGAUUGACAAUGGGAUUGGUGUCGACUUGGUGUGUAUGGGAGAGCAGCCGUUGCACGCAGUACCAUUAUUCAAGCUGCAUAGCAAGAUGACACCUGGAGAUUCACGUGUAGGAGACGACUACAACCUUCCCCACUGGAUCAAUCAUAGCUUCUACACCUCAAAAAGUCAGAAUUCUUGUAGCUCUUUCACUCCACGAAUCAAACUGGCUGGACGUAAGGUUCAUGCAGAGACAUAUAAAAGCAGUAAAGAUCACGCUCUUUCUGCACCAAAGGACACGGACAACAGUUUGCUCAUACAAGUGGACUACAACGCCUAUGACACUCAGGUGUUUCUGCUUCCAGGGCCUUCACGGAUUCAGAGAAGCACUAACUUCAGAAUCUGUAGAGACAGAGAGACAAGUGUGAGAAAGAGCUGUGGAUCGAUGGACGUUAGAGCAGGCAUCAGUUCUUCUCCUGUUCGUUCAGGAGGGCCGGAGGAACAACGAAGCCUGGCAUCUGAUGAUAGUCUGGGUCCUGUGUCCAACAUGUUGCUGAUACCCAGAGUUCCUCAGGCUCAGUUUGAAGUCAGCAGCUCUUUAGGCUACACCAGCACCAGAGAGUUACUGGAGAAGAUGAAUGAUUCUCAGCGAGACUCCAGUGCUCCAGGCCGGUUUACCGUCGGUAGCGCUGAGUCCACACUGCAUAUUCGACCAGGAGGCUAUACCCCACAAAGAGCUCUUAUUAACCCCUUCACACCAUCCAGGAUGCCCAUGAAGCUCACCUCCAACCGCCGGCGCUGGAUGCACACCUUUCCUGUUGAUCCUUCUGGAGAGGCAAUCCAGAUUCAUCACCAGACCCGACAGAACAUGGCAGAGCUGCAGGGGAACCAGCAAAGAGAUCCAACACACACAUCUGCAGAGUUGCUGGAGUUGGCUUAUCACGAAGCCACUGGAAGGCAAACGGCUUCUCGGCAAGCAGGUGAAAACGGCCUCUACACUUGUGUAGGAACAGAGGAGUUCACCGAAAGUCCGGGGAGCAGCAACAGUGGUGGACCUCUUACCCACCACUGCUCCUCAUUUCAAGAGUUUUCUACAAACGGAGCAGAUCCAACCCUGCUACUGUCUGCACCCCCCACAGUGCCCAGCUUCUGCUGCACAGUGGGGGUAGACUGGAAGUCCCUGACCACACCGGCCUGCCUCCCGCUCACCACCGACUACUUUCCUGACCGGCAGACUCUGCAGAAUGACUACACUGAAGGCUGCUAUGACCUGCUGCCUCAUGGAGACUUGGAAAGGCGAGACGAUGAGGCGCCGUUGAUGACUGCCUCACAAGUGUUUGAUGAGUUUAUCUGUCAGAGGUUGAUGCAGGGAUAUCAGAUUAUUGUCCAGUCAAAUAACAGGAAGCCAACCCCAGUUGUGGCCACACCCCUUGGCAGUAGUCCUCUUUACACCAGAGGUCUGGUCUCACUCCGGCGAGCAGAGGAGGAGGAGACUGUUUACUGGCUCAGCAUGGGCCGCACCUUCCAUAAAGUCUGUCUCAGAGACAAGAUCAUCACUGUCACUCGCUACUUGCCAAAGUACCCAUAUGAGUCCACUCAGAUCCAAUACAGCUACAGUCUGUGUCCUUCACACUCUGAGGAUCAGUUUGUUUCCUGCUGGGUGGAAUUUGGACACGAGAGACUGGAGGAAUAUAAAUGGAACUACCUGGACCAAUAUAUUUGCUCUGCAGGCUCAGAAGACUUCAGCCUGAUUGACUCUCUAAAAUUCUGGAGGACCCGCUUCUUGUUGCUGCCAGCCGGUGGGGCUAAACGCAUGGCAGAUGGGGAGGGGCACUGGGAUGUGUACGGUGAGGGUACUAGUGGAAUGGGUGGCUAUGGAGACUGGAUCUUAUUGGAUGGCUUCAUUCGCUUCCUGGAGGGCCUCAACCGCAUUCGACGACGUCAUCGCUCUGAUAGAAUGAUCAGGCAGAAGGGUACAUCAUUAAAAGGACUGCAAGUUACCAGUCCUAUCCCUCCAUACCCAACGGAGCCUGUAGUGCCACCACAAGGAAAGAGAGGCACAUCAGCUUUGUCAGCUCUGCUAAAAAUGGAACAGAACCAGAAGACAUUGGAAGAACAGCAGCAGCAACAGGCUAAGCCCUCCGCAGCUGUGAGUGACCUGUCAAGUGUGGCCACAGCUUUAACAUUUGUAGAUAGUCCACGCAAGCUGCCUGCUGAAACCACUGAAGUUACAGAGAGAAUUCCACUCGGGGUGGUUGCUGGAGCACCAACAAACUCUGCAGGAGAGUCUGCAACUAGUAGCACUGACACCAGUGGACAGUCUGCAACAGGGACCCUCUGUCUGUCCUCCUCUUCAACACUCUUAGAGAUCCUCGAGGCCAUAAAACAUUCUACGAAUGGUGUACAGCUGCUCCCAGAACAGAAGGGCCUGCCACUGAACUGCUUUAUCAGUGCAGAGGUGGUUCAUUGGCUGGUCAUGAAUGUGGAGGGUGUGGCUACACACGGAAUAGCUGUGGAUAUUAUGCAGAAAAUGCUAGAUGAGGGUUUGGUGGCUCACGCUUCAGGAGAGGCCAUGCGUACUUUUGUCUAUGGCUUCUACAUCUACAGAAUAGUAGGAGAAAAAGAUGGCCAGACCCCUCAGCAUCAGUCUGCAGCUGCUGGAGGCUGGUCAACUUCAGCACUGGAGGAUUUUUCCAUAUUCCAGAGGAAGUGGUUCGAGGUGGCCUUCGUGCUAGAGGAGCGGCAACCCUGUGACCUCCCAGCAUUCCUCCUGCCUUGGCUGCCUAGUCGGCCUGCUUCCUACGCAAGUAGGCACAGCUCCUUCAGCCGCAGCUUUGGGGGACGCAGCCAGGCCGCUGCACUGCUAGCUGCUACAGUCCCAGAGCAGAAGACUGUCACACUGGAUGUGGAUGUCAAUAAUCGCAGCGACCGAACGGAGUGGUGCAGCUGUUAUUAUCAUGGCAACUUCUCUCCUAACACGGCCUUUGAGAUCAAGCUGCACUGGAUGGCUGUCACUUCUGCUGUGCUUUUCGAAAUGGUCCAAGGGUGGCACAGGAAAGCAGCCUCUUGUGGCUUUCUGUUGGUUCCAGUGCUGGAGUUUCCUUUCGCUCUGACCUCUCAUUUGUACGGAGACCCGCUGAGAGCCCAGCUCUUCAUACCCCUCAACAUUCAGAGUGUGCUUAAGAAUGGCAGUGACAACCUGUUUGAAGGGUUUGAGCCGGAGACGUAUUGGGACAGGAUGCAGCUCUUUCAGGAGGCCAUUCUCUACAGGUUCGGGUUUGUACAUGAUACGUUUUCUUCCUCAACUUUUAAUUUCCAUGCAGAGAACAAGCCUCAAUACAUCCAUGUUACAGGCACAGUGUUCCUGCAGUUGCCAUAUUCCAAGAGGAAGUAUUCCAGUGGUCAGACCCGGAGACGCAGGAACUCCACCACUUCCAACAGCCAGGGGCCGUUUGGUGGUGAGGAGAGGGUGGGCUAUUACUGGGCCUACAACACCAUGCUGACGAAAGCGUGGAGGACCGGAGUGCUGGGUGACGAGAGGCUGGCUGACCGCCUGCUCAAAGACUUCACAGAGUUCUGCUCAAACAGGGACAACAGACUUGUGGCUUUCUGGGACAGCUGCCAGGAGAGAAUGAACGCCAGCGCUCCCUGACAGAUGGAGGAUCCACGCAGCAUUCUCAACUUUGAUUUGUCCAUUCAUGUUUUUUUUUCUGUUUGCAUUUUGACAAAGCCUAGCAGAUGUUAAAAGCUAGAACUGUCAACUUGAUUUAAAGACACAGUACAAGUUCUAUUUGUUGAAUUACUGCUGGAUACCUACACUGAAGUAGCCUUAUCUUGUCUAAUAACUUAUUGUACAGCUUUGAAUAAAAGAUGCUAAUUAUACACCAAAA